AUGUCGAACUAUACCACCUCGAACAGACUCCUAGGGGCUGGUGCUCCAUCAAUACUACCAGGAACCCCAGCAAAUGGCCCUGAUCAUACCAGCUCAAUGGUUCCCAAUGGACUUCCUGGCGCAUGGUUCACCCCCACGGCAUAUCCUUUUGAGAUGUCCGUUGCUGGCGAACAGUCUGGAACCGACUCAGAUCUGACUCCGAGUCGCUCUUUGAGUGGAAGCUCCAACAAUCCCAUAGAAAUCGACUUUGGCAGUCCCUCAUUGCCUGAUAGCAGUACCUGUCUUCUCAACCAUACUCGGGCAGGUGACAGUAUUGAUAAUCCCAUUGAGCUAGAAGAUGAUAAUUCCGUAUCUUCGACGGAUGGUCUUCUAAUCCAAUCGACACGGGCCGGUGAUACAAUUGACCACCCGGUCUACAUUGAUGAUGGUGUUACAGAGACUGUGAUUGACAACAAUGCUGGGCACAGUGAAUAUGGCAGUGGUCUAGAGCCCCUGUCUGAUGCCCAAGUUGAUUUUCAGUGCAAGAUAUGCUACAGCCAGGCUGUCGAUCUAGUCCUAGGUUGCGGCCAUACCAUCUGCUAUGAGUGCUUUGUUCAUUAUGUCCAUGAGUCCCUCCUGGCCGACAAUCGGGAUCUAGAAUAUCUUGCGGGUUUGACGCUCCGAUUUGGAGCAAAAUUGUAA